AUGGGGGGUGCACCGUCGAAAACAGAACCUCCAGUGGUAGUUACCUCAAAAAUACCCUUGUUCUGCCUGAAGAAGGUGGGACCACGGCAUAUCAUAGUGGCAGGAGGAGGUGGUGAAUCAAAAACCGGGGUACUCAAUCUUAUGCAGACCUAUUUGUUGACUUUCAAGAAUAAAAAUAAGCCAAAUGCGCCCACUCCCAUCGUCGCAAAACUUGUUAAUACGAUAGAAACAGAUGUAUAUGCAACUAUGAACAUGGAUGUAGUAUGUUGUUCAAAUCCAGAAAAGGGACGAUAUCUUAUAGCAGCUGGCCAUGGACAGUAUUGUGACAUAUAUGAAACCAUGGGUUAUGAAACUGGAAAGGAUGAUGCCGAUAAAGAAGUCCUCUCAUAUAAAAUCCGUAGUGUUGGGCGAUUGACUACGGAGGAGAAAGUUGAAUCAUUCCAGAAAUGCGUUCGAUUUGACCGGUCUACGGCUGGAAAACGAGUGGUAACGGGAGGAGAAGACGGACAUGUCCGUGUUUGGAAUGUUCGAGCUCUUGUCGAAGACAGGAAUCCAGAGAUCAUACAUAAACCUAUUGCUGAAUUCAAAGCUCACAAAUCAGACGUAUUCGAUAUCGACAUUUCGCCAGACGGUCGAGUCAUCAUUUCCGUUGGCCAUGAUGGUAUUGCCAAAUUGUGGGAUAUGAAUCUUGGAACCCUUAUCCAGGAGGUUCCAUUUCCUUCUGAGUGUGCUAAUGGUUACAAAGUUCGGUCUGUUCGGUGCACUUCACUUGGAACGGGUAGUAAUAUUGUAUUCAUUGCCGGAUACAAUCCUGUUUCCUUGAGUUCAAAGCGGGUCUCGUUCUUAGCGUUAUGGGUUUACAGCCGAGAACGCAAUGUCAUUCGAAAAAUCGUUGGGAGGAGUACGGGACAAGGCGAUGGUAUAGCAUCGUUGUGCGUCAGUUCAUGUGGGAAUUUCACGGGUAUGGGUUCUAUGGGUGGAAGUGUCUUUAUUUAUGAUACUCACGAACUGAAGCAGCUCGUUGCAUUCAAGGAGACGCAUGGCAUUUUUGUAACUGCUGUGGAGUUCUUGGAUCGAACAGCAUCAGAUGUUUUGUCGUUGAUACCACAGCCAAAUAAGGACAGACCCCGGCUUGUCGCCGGACCUGGCUCAAUUGCACGUGCCUCCAUAAUUUCACUUAGUGCUGAUCAAACAAUACAGGUGCAUCAUCUACCGUUCGAGCAACAUUCCACGACAAGUUUUCUCGUUAAAUUAUUCCUGUUUUCAUUAGUUCUUUACUACCUGGUUUGGUGCCUUUACUCCAAAUACUAAGACUGAUUCUGAUUACUGUGUCGCAUAAACAUAAUAUUUUGUCUUUCUAAUUCGAUUGUUAUCCUUCGUUGUGCAUCUGCGGUUUGUAAACGGUGAAAAGCAACUUCACAUAUCAAAUUUCUAUAUGGUCAUGUUUCUGGUUUUCGUAUAUCGGUUUUGAGUAAUUUUAGUAAUUUAUUGGAGAUUUGUACAUUCAUAUAUGCUAUUACUAUGAAUCCUGCCGAAAAAUAUAUAGGUACAUUUGA